UAGGUCAGGAGCAGAAAGGACGCCAUGUGCUUUUGAGGCAGAGGGACUGAAAGGGGAGCCGGCUGUGAUAGACUUUGCUUGUUUUAUUUUAGAGGCACACGGUGAGCGGGAUAAACAGCUCUAUUUAACGUUAGCAUGUACUGCACCAGACGCUGCCUCCGGACCGCGCUGCGGGCUGCAGCGACCUCACAGCGGCAACAGCUUCAGCGGCAAGCACCAGCCCUGUGCUCUCUCCGACUUCUGAAGACCAGUCCAGCCAGCCAAUCAGACGCCAUCGCCAGCCCUCCACUAGACGGAGCACCCAAACAAUAUUCCCCUAAAAUCCAACAGCUCGUCAAUGACAUAGCCAGCCUCACUUUAUUAGAGGUGUCGGACCUCAAUGAACUCCUCAAGAAAACUCUGAACAUUCAGGAUGUUGGAAUGAUGCCGAUGGGGGCGAUGCCUGCGACAGCUCUACCUGCUGCUGCUGCAGAAGAGGAGGAGGUGCAAGUCAAGAAAGAGAAGACUCACUUUACAGUAAAAUUGACUGAAGUAAAGGCCGCAGAAAAAGUGAAACUUAUAAAGGAAGUGAAGAACUGCAUCCAAGGCUUGAAUCUGGUGCAGGCUAAGAAACUAGUGGAAGCCCUGCCACAGGAAAUCCGAGCCAACGUAUCCAAAGAAGAGGCAGAGAAACUAAAAGCAGCCCUGGAGGCAGCAGGCGGCACCGUGGUGUUGGAAUAGAUCAUCUAUUUGCCCACCUGUUCUCCACUGUUUGCUGUCCACGCACUUCAUCCUUUAUUCUAUUUCUUUUUUGUUUUUUUUUACAUGACAAAGAGGAGGAUCUCGGGAAGCAAAGAAAUGCCUUCUGACAUUAAUACUGUCUCUUAACAGCGUCAGACGGGGCGGUACAACUCAAAACUGAACUCUCCAGGCACACAGCCUGCACACAUGGCCGCCCCGCUGUUUGCUUGUCCUUUUGUCUGCUCAUGUGUCUGUCUGAUGCUUGUGUAGCAAACAAGCUACAGAAAACUGGCCUGGGUGCCAAGUAAGUCAGUUGGUCAUUCUGUGUGUGUAUGUUUAACUUUACACAGAAGGAAAGAUUAUGCUUGUACGGACGUGGUUACCACACCCGAUGUUGAAGAACAACAGAUUCUGUAUCCAGUUCAGGGGAUGGCAGGGCUGAGUCCUUAUUACUCAUAGAAUUGUUAAUAAUGUGAUUAAAGUUGAAAUAUCCAUA